CAAAGCCCAAAGGAAAGCAUAAUAGCAAGUAUUUGAUCGCUUGGCAGCCGUUAAGGCAUUCUUUGAACGUCAGGUGACCCGCAACAAACUUCGUAUCCACGUCUCUCUCUCUCGCUCUCUCUCUCAAACAACCAAACCUUCGGAGUCGGUUCGCCGCAUGGCCGCGCCUAAGCCACGGAGCAGCGCUCGGACGACGUCGCUCCGCGACACCGAAGAGUCGGAAAAGCUCGAGGCUACCUCUAGCUGGGACGCCAUCGAAUGGUUCAAAAUCGAGCCUGUUUCGCGGUCCGUCUCGCAUGUGAAAUUGGAUUUCCUGCUUGAAGCUGAAGAAGUUAUAGUCGAGGGAUAUGGCGUUGUUCUCGUUAAUACUGAUGAGGCGGGUACUUUGAUAGUAACCAAUUUUCGUCUUAUUUUUCUUAGUGAGGGAACAAGGAAUAUCAUUGCACUUGGGACAAUGCCGCUGGCCACUAUAGAGAAGUUCACAAAAACAGUUGUAAGGGUUCAAUCAGCACCUCGUCAGUCUGACAAGACACCAUCACGACGACUUCUUCAGGUCAUUGGCAAAGAUAUGAGAAUUAUUGUCUUUGCUUUCCGCCCUAGAACGAAGCAGAGACGUGCAGUAUUUGAUGCAUUACUGAGGUGUACUAAGCCAUCAAGUCUAUGGGAUCUUUAUGCUUUUGUUUGUGGACCUUCUAAAUUCAACAAUACUGACCCAAAGGUGCGGUUACUAAAUGAGUAUUUUCGGCUUCUUGGAAAAGGCUCCUACCGUGCAUCAAUGAGUAUGAUUGAGAGUGGGUCAUUCCUAUUGUCCAAUGACAUGUGGAGAAUAAGUAGCAUAAAUUCCAACUAUAACAUGUGCCAAAGUUAUCCAUUUGCCUUGAUUGUGCCAGGAGGCAUUAGUGAUGAAGAAGUGAUUCAGGCUUCAACCUUUCGUGCAAGAUGCCGAUUGCCUGUAGUUUCAUGGUGUCAUCCCGGAACUGGAGCUGUACUUGCACGUUCCUCCCAACCAUUAGUUGGUCUCAUGAUGAAUAUGAGGAGCAACACUGAUGAAAAGCUUGUUGCCGCACUUUGUUCCCAACUUUCUGGUUUAAGGGGGGAGCGGAGGAAGCUAUAUAUUGCUGAUGCAAGACCUAGGAAAAAUGCUUUGGCAAAUGGGGCUAUGGGAGGUGGCUCAGAGUCAUCGUCAAAUUAUUUCCAAUCUGAGAUAGUUUUCUUUGGGAUAGACAACAUACAUGCAAUGAGGGAUAGUCUGGCUCGACUAAGAGACUACUUAGACACUUAUGGUGCCUCUUCCUCAGACGGAAUGUCAUCAUUCUUGAGACAUGGUGGAUGGACUUGGGGUGGAGGCAACCUCAGCAGUAUGUCUGCUUCAGUAUCAACCCUUGGUGAUAGUGGUUGGUUGAUACAUGUUCAGAAUGUCUUGGCUGGUUCUGCUUGGAUUGCUGCACGUGUAGCUUUGGAGUCAGCUUCAGUGCUUAUACAUUGCAGUGAUGGAUGGGAUCGCACAACUCAAUUGGUUUCGCUUGCUAGUUUGCUGCUUGAUCCAUAUUAUCGGACAUUCACUGGGUUUCAGGCACUUAUUGAGAAAGAUUGGCUAGCAUUCGGUCAUCCAUUUUCAGAUAGAAUAGGAGUGCCAACCAACGUUUCAUUUGAGUUAUCAAGGCAAUCUUCUGCAGGGAGCUUCCCAUCAUCACCAAUGCGCCAGUCAUCAGGAUCGUUUGCAUCUCAAGCUCCUAGUUCAUCUCAUGCACAGAAUUUGAACAACUAUUCUCCCAUAUUUUUGCAGUGGAUUGAUUGUGUUUCACAAUUGCUGCGGAUGUAUCCUUUUGCUUUUGAAUUCUCCUCGGGUUUCCUGGUGGAUUUCUUGGACUGCGUGCUUUCUUGUCGUUUUGGAAACUUCUUCUGUAAUAGUGAAAAAGAGAGGCAGCAAUGCAGUGUUUCUGAAGCUUGUGGAUGUUUGUGGGCAUAUUUGGCUGAUUUGCGUGCUUCAGAGGGAAGCUCUCAUGUGCAUUACAACCCUUUUUAUGAUCCGUUGAAACAUGAUGGUCCACUUUUACCUCCAGCAGCAGCCUUAGCCCCAACUCUCUGGCCCCAGUUUCAUCUUCGUUGGGCUUGCCCUUCAGAGGCCCAAGCUGGGGAGCUUGAUGGUCAAUGUAGAAAGAUGGCUAUAAAAUUCUCUGAACUGCAGAAGGCAAAAGAGGUAGCAGAAUGGAAAGCUAAAGAAGUUACAGUCGCUAUGGAAUCAUUAAGUGCAGAUUUACAACAUGAGAAGCAGCUCAGCAGCUCGGCUAUGAACCUCGCAAAGAGGGCUAGCAAGGAAAGUGAGGCCAUAAAGCGAGCAGUACAGUCACUGGGGUGCAAGGUUCACUUCUCAAGCACUGGUGAUUGUACUGUCGGCCUUGAAAGCUACCCAGUAGAUAUUCCACAGAAAUACGCUUCUCCUUCAAAAAGAGUAUCAGAUGGUACUGUGCAGCUUGAUGAGAAAUCAGAUCUCUCCGUUUCUAUCACGGUAAUGGCCGAGGAUGCUGUUCCCGGUAAUCCAAUUGGUGGAGUGUGUGAAAAUUUGUGCCCACUACGCACUCGAGAUGGAGUCUGUAGGUGGCCAGAUGCUGGUUGUGCCCAGCUGGGUAGCCAAUUUCUUGGACUAAAGGCAAAUUUUGAAGCAUUUGAUAAGCUUUCUAUUUAUGAUGGUUACUUUCAGUCCGAGUAAAACCUGUGGAUUUGAAGCCAAGCAUGAGUUUCCAGCUCCAACUUCUAUUGCAGUACUUGACUGAGCUUCUGCUUUGGGCAAGGGUUCAAGUAGAUUUAGAUUUAGAGCUUUUCAGAACGGAUUCAAGAUUCUUUUAAUGCUUGCCGUCAAAUAAAAUGGAAAUGCAUUUAAGAUGGAUCCUGGCAUUUCGAAUGGGUCCCGGGACAGUUUGUACAGGGUAUAGAGUCUAGCUGAGAACCGCUUCUUCGUAUAGAUGAUCAAGGAACAAGCUUGAAAUAUUCCUGCAAGAGCUAAUGUAGAUUAGGGUGGUCCAUAUCUUCAUAGUUUUUGACAAGGUGUUGGCCAGGUAGGUAAUCACAUUGCCAUUCAUUUCCUAAAUAACAGUAGCUUCUGUACAGGUUUGGACUAGUUACUUUUUGUGACAUUCUUAUACCAGCACUAUGUAUACCAGGAGUGUACAAUUAAUAAAAUGUUCUUCCUAGUGAGUAAUGCAAAUGUUCUUCCUAGUGAGUAA